ACGUUAUUGUGCAUAGCUGUGAAUAUAAAGGCGUGUGAGACCUCGAACUGUUUAGUUUGUGCUGACGGAUCCGCAGACACAGUCGCGGACACUCACUUUUACGUCACCACGCAUUUAGCAUGUCAAAAAUGAGAACGACGUUAUUUAUUGCUUUUGCUGUGAUAAUAGGAUGUAAGGCUGCCACACCUGACCUGCGUUUUGCAUGGAAAGAAGUUGACUUCGUUUGGGAUAGUCCGGAACAACGGGAAAACGCUAUCAAGGAUGGUUUAUUCGUUAAAGCCCACAAUCUUCCUCUGGGGGUGGCUCGAUGGAAGAAUAAAUUAUUUGUGACAGUACCAAGAUGGAGAAAGGGUGUAGCAUCAUCUCUGAACUACGUGGAUAUUGAUGGACCACAGGAUCAACCACUUAAACCAUAUCCUUCACUGAAAGACAAUCUGGUAGCUGAUACGGCGAAAGAACUGCCAUCAAAUAGUUCUAUUAUUUGUGUCUAUAGAGUGUAUGUCGAUGCUUGUGAUAGACUCUGGGUUAUGGAUGCAGGAUUAGCUGAUAUAUUGGGCUCACCAAAUCAAGUAGCGGGACCUUCUGUGGUUAUUUUCGAUUUGAAUACCAAUCAACUUCUACAUAGAUAUUUCUUCAAAGUUGAGGAUAUGAAGGAAGAUUCGUUCUUUGCAAAUAUUGUGGUUGAUGUCGACAAAGACAAAUGUGACGAAGCCUUUGCGUAUGUCCCCGAUUUAGGAGGCUACGGUGUUGUUGUGUACAGUUUGAAGGAUAACGAUUCUUGGCGUGUCGCCCAUCACUAUUUCCACUUUGAUCCUCUGGCUGGCUCCUACAACGUUAGUGGAAUUGAAUUCCAUUGGACCGAUGGAGUGUUCGGACUAGCCCUCUCUGAACCUAGAGAAAAUGGGUAUCGUACGAUGUUUUUCCACGCUUUUUCCAGCACUAAAGAGUUCUGUGUAUCCACGGAGUUACUUCGCAACUACCCACACAUAGACAAGUCUGAGGCUUUCCAUGACUUCAAGUUAUUGGGCGACCGUGGAGCAAACACGCAGGCUUCUGCUAGUUAUUAUGACGAAAAGAAUAAUGUUUUAUUUUAUACUCAGGUCAAUCGCGAUGGGGUCGGUUGCUGGAACUCUAACAAGCCGUACAACCCUGAAAACAAUCCCCUUAUCAUCAACGAUCCUGUAUUGUUGGAAUUCCCCAAUGACUUAAAGGUCGACGAUGAGGGCACAUUAUGGAUCUUGUCCGACAGAAUGCCCCGAUACAUGCUUAGGACGCUGGACUCAAAUGAAACAAAUUACAGGAUAUUUAGUAUUAAAACAUCCGAUGCUAUUGCGGGCACUGCUUGCCAAUAAGUUAAGAUUUGUGUACUGUGUACAUUGCCUAAUGUUAUUAUGUAUGAAAAGAAUAAAGCUAUUUAAACCUG